UUUUAUGAAGCGCGGCAAUGGGUCAAAGCACACGCAAAAAGCACAACCACAAGCUACGGACUAUUUAUUAUUCAAAGUUAAUGAAGAGGAAGGAGAUACACAGGUACAACUUUUUCAUAGUGAGGACACAAAGCCAAGAGAUUGCAGAUCAUGGAGGGAAGAUUAAUGAAACUGCUCAUCUUUGGGGUUUUUAUUUUCUGUGUGCAGAUCGGGCAACAGGGAGAUACCAGCACUGCUGCUGCCAUUAUUACAAUUAAAACUACAACAGAUACCAGCACUGCUCCUGCUAUGACUACAACUACAACUCCAGCUAUAACAGAUACCCGCACUGCUCUUGUUAUGACUACAACUACAACUCCAGCUACAACAGAUACCAGCACUGCUAUUGCUAUGACUACAACUACAACUCCAGCUAUAACAGAUACCCGCACUGCUAUUGCUAUGACUACAACUACAACUCCAGCUAUAACAGAUACCCGCACUGCUAUUGCUAUGACUACAACUACAACUACCAGCACUGCUUCUGCCAUUACUACAACUACAAUUCCACCACAUAACAAUGGAUUAUUUUUGAUAGGUGUGCAGAAGAGGACUGUAGUGAGGCUGAGAAUGAAACGCAGUGCUGAUCUGACAGAUCCAAACAUCAGGGAUCAAGUGCUGCAGCAGCUGGAGGCUUCUCUUCAAAGUCAGCUCUCUGGUGUUGUGAGUCUGUGCUGGAGGCACAUCAGCUGUGAAAAGCAACAAAAGGAAGCAGACACAUGUGUGGAGAACAGCGAUUUACUCUAAAAGAGGACCACAGAGAAGUUUUGACCACAGGAGCAGGACAGCUAUGAUGAAGUUUAUAAAACUACAGCUUGUAUUCUUAAUUAUUUUAUUUUAGUUAGUUUAUUUAGAUACAAAUGUUAAAUUACUACAGUGGCUGUAUUUGAUGUUUUAGUUUGACUGAUUUGCUGUUUCUCUACAUUAUUAAUGUUAUACUAUAACCAGAAAUGAAAAAUAGUUUUGGAAGAUUAUCUCACUUCAUUUACAGAGAUCUUUCUAUCCUCUGUUAUUCCCCUCAGACUUUCCCACAGGCACCAGUCACCACACCAGCACAACCAACCUGCAGUGCAGUGAUAUGAGCUGCAGUACAUUUGAAGGAUGAAGUUUAAGUUUUAAGUUUACAAAUCAUUCUUUUACUGUGUGCAACUUUACCCUUAUACAACCUGGCCUGGAGGGGUUCAUAGAUGACUCAAUAACUGAAAACAAAACAAGCCCAGAUUAGUAAGUUUCUACCACCUUGCACCACUACCAGUUCAAGGUCACUGGGAUUUGAAAUCAUUCCUGAUUUUUAGUAGCUGCACCUAAGUGAUGAAUUUAAAAAUACUUGUUCCAAAGUUAUCAUGUUUACCUAAUUUUCAGAAAACUUGACCUCUGUGCUUGACUUUCAAUUCAACGUCACUAGGUUUCAAACUCGUCAGAAACAUUUUGUACACGUACCUAUGAUAUCACUUUGAAGAUCCUAUGCAACGUCAUUCUCAAGUUAUCAUGUUCAGAAACUUGGGUGUCCACGCCACCAGCCACCCCAUCUG